AUAAAUUAGCACUGUUGCUGCCGUCAUAUGUGGGAAGGGUAUUACUCAUGAUACGUACACAGAGAUGCGACAUUCGUGGAGUCAAGGUCUCGGGCUCGGAAGCCAUUUAGCAAUCAUGUGGAUGGUGAUUUCUCAUCCGGCACCUCCUCCAUAGACGCCGAAAUGCUUUUUGCCAUCGCGACGAGUCACUUUGACCCACUAAAUGCAUGAAUUUCCAUUUGCUCUUGACAACAUCUGGAUUGUCGUCUGGAAAUUAGAUUAUAUCCACCAGCUCCACCAGAUCAAGUUUAGCGGAUUUCUAUAGCUCCCCCAGCAUACUUCCAGAGCAUCAGUCGCGUGUCUUCUGUGAAAGUGAGCACAAGUUCAAAGAAAAAAAAAAAGAUAGAAAAAAAGGAUGAAAGUUGAAGUGUUGCUCGUGAUUCUUCUGCAGUAUUUGUGCGUAGUCCAUGGAGUUAUUCCUUCUGUUGGGGAAACAAGGACGCAGAGGGAGUUGCUGGUGCGGAAGUUCCUCAAGAAAAAGGAAGGAGCCAUCAAACUCGUCGGAGGAAGUGGAAAUCACGAAGGAAAUGUCGAAAUACUCCAUGGCGGAAGAUGGGGAGCUGUCUGCGAUGAUGAAUGGGACUCUAAUGAAGCUAAAGUUGUGUGUCAGCAGCUUGGAUUUUCCGGCCACGUUAGACCAACACACAGUGGCCAUUUCGGCGAGGCAAGAAGAAAGUUCUGGAUGGACAAUGUUGAGUGCACGGGCAAAGAGCCGGAACUAAUUGGUUGUCGCUUUGAUGGCUGGGGUCACAGCGACUGUGAAGCGAAUGAAGCAGCUGGGGUUGUGUGCAAAAUACCACCCGCACCGCCAUCCGCAAAAAAUCUCACACGCACCGUGGUGAGGCCAAAGUAUCGCAUAAAGAGCGGACACAGCCUUCAGAUGAGAUUAGUCGGUGGUCGUUUCCACGGCGAGGGACGCGUAGAGGUACGUCUGGACCAAGUGGGUCCCUGGGGAGUAAUUUGUGCCGAUGGAUGGUCACUCUUAGAGGCAAAUGUCGUGUGCAAAGCGCUGGGAUUGGGUUUUGCCAGUGCUGCCCUUCAAACGGACUUUUUCACACCCACCAAUGCAACGCUGAAGAUCCUCCUCUCGGGCACUGAAUGCUAUGGCAAUGAGACUAGUCUCCAGGAUUGUGUUCACAAUCAAAUUCACAUGGCUGAGGCACAUUGCUCCACAUUGCACAAAAAUCACGUGGCUGGGGUGAUGUGUGAGAAGAAGAUGGCAGAUCUAGUGCUGGAUAUGGUGGAAAUUCAGCAAACAGCACACCUCGAGGAUCGCCCCCUGUUCUAUCUGCAGUGUGCAAUGGAGGAAAAUUGCCUGGCAUCUGAGGCGUAUGAGAUUCAGAAGAACAAUCCUGACUGGCAUUUGGCCACGAGGCGUCUCUUGAAAUUCACGGCGAAAGUUCGGAAUGACGGUACAGCGGAUUUUCGGUCCCACAUCCCCAAAGAACAAUGGGAAUGGCACAUGUGUCAUAUGCACUACCAUAGUAUGGAAGUCUUUGCAACAUUCGAUGUUUUCGAUGGGGAUGGCAACAAAAUCGCCGAGGGCCACAAAGCUUCUUUCUGUUUGGAAGACAAUCAAUGUGACGAGGGAAUUAAGGGCACGUACUUUUGUGCCAAUUAUGGGGAUCAAGGAAUCUCCGUGAAUUGCACCGACAUUUAUCGGCACAACAUCGAUUGCCAGUGGGUGGACAUUAGUGAAAUUGAUUAUGGCACUUACACGCUCAAGAUAUCUGUUAAUCCGGAGUUCAAAGUUGCAGAAAUGUCUUUCGACAAUAAUGCAGCAACGUGCACUCUUCUCUACACCGAAAGCUUCGCCCGAGUCUAUGAUUGCAAAAUGGGCCGUCCGUAGGAUUCCGCAAAGUGCCUCUUGAAUUAUUUAUGGAGGGAAAAACACUUUUCAGGCCAUCGUGAGAAAAUCCCGGUGAGGGCGUCAACAUGGGAGUGUGGAGAAAAAAAAGAAGAAGAGCUCUUGUGGUGUUUCCUCAAUCACAUGAAUGUUUCUCUUAUUUUAUUCAAUUUAAUACUUAAAUCUUGCUAUCUGUGUAGUGUGUUAUGUAUAUCUAUAAUUGCUCUUGCUAUAUGUGUAAUUUUUUCUAACAUUCUCCUUCACAUGUUUUUUGCUAUGUAUUCAUUUACUUUAAUAUAUUUUAUUUUAUAUAAUA